AUUGUUAACCAAUAAAUACUUUUCAUUUUUACACGUUAUGUUUGUCUUUAAUUAUUUUCAAUAUAACAAAUAUGUACCACCUGAGUUCAUCCUGUUGCAGAAUGUUGCAAAUAGCAAGUGCUGCAAAAAGUGAAAGCAACGACAAUUGUUGUAAUAUAACUCCUUGCUCUGAACUAGUAUCGAAUACAAAUUCUAACGAAACCACGUCCACAGAAAUAAAAGACUCAAUACCAAAAUGUGAAAUUCUCGAUACACAAUUAAAAGAUAAUAACAUGACUGAUUUGCAAGAUCCGCCCCAAGAGAACAUAGACUUUAAAGUGAUUUAUAAUAAACAGCGGAUUAAUGUGAAUUUUCCACUCGAUGGAACUGUUGCACAAUUGAAAGCAUACCUCCAAAACAUUAUAUCUGUGCCACAAGCUAUGCAAAAAGUUAUGAUUAAAGGAUUAGCUAAGGACGAUCAAACAUUAAGAACUCUAGGGGUCACAAAAGGUGCCAAGGUCAUGGUAGUAGGUUCAAAGUUAGAUGAUGUUUUGGCUGUGUCAAUUCCAACAAAGCAAGAUCUCUCAGACGAAGCUGCAUCUACAGCAAGCAAAGAACCCUUGUCCCAACAAAAAAUGCAUAGGAAAGUUUUAGAUAAAGGUAUUCCAGAAGAUGUAAUGCCUGGUAUAUUAGAUAGCAAGGAACCUCUACCAGAAUUUCCGUUGGCUGGCAUGUUAAAUAAAUCUGGUGGUAAAGUUAGACUAACAUUUAAAUUGGAGCAGGACCAACUAUGGAUUGGUACAAAAGAAAGAACAGACAAAAUACCUAUGAACUCUAUAAAGGGUGUACAUAGUGAACCUAUACAUGAUCACCCACAGUAUCACAUUAUGGCUAUUCAACUAGGCACAACGGAAGCUUCAAGGUAUUGGAUAUAUUGGGUCCCCGCGCAAUACAUAUCGGCUAUAAAAGAUGCUAUUCUUGGUAAAUGGUGCUAUUUCUGAUCGAUCAUUGAUGGAAAUUUCUAUCUCUUUGAAUGCAAAGUGUAAUCAGGUGUAAGCAUUGAUACAAACACGACUGUGCUAGUCACACAUUUUUAACAGAGGAUGCGAAGAAAGAAGUUAUGAUGUUGCAUUUACAAUCUUUUGAAGUUCGUCGAGAAAUAAAUUUAACUUUUUACCGCAUUUAAUAAUAUUGAUAAGUAAAUUGUAAAGUUCGGAUACUUUUAACAAACAUUUAAAAUUUUAUUGCGGCAUUUAUAGAAUGUUUUUAUCCAAUACAACUGUCAGAAAUGUUGUGCUUUAACGAAAAUUUUAUUUUGCUCAAAUAAAAAGGAAAGAUUUUAUGAAUACAGAUAGAACCGCGUCACUACCAAGAUAUAUAGUCCGCAUUUUUCACGAACAGAACAAAUCUAAAAUAUGUUAGUAUUAUCCGCUAUUAAAACAACGAAACUUGUUGCGAAAUUAGAUACAUUUUACAUUGGUCUUUCGGUUCCCGACACUGGCCUAGGUAAAUUACCUGUUCAGAGACAUUUCGGAAUUUUAUCGUUGAAAUUUAAGUGGACUGUAUCUCGUCGAACAUAAGCGAAUCGCAUAUUGCAUAACUUAGUAUUAUAAUUGCUGUAAAUUAGGUUUUAUACAAUAUAAUGUGUAUAUCUUUAAAAAAAGAAAAAAAAAGAAGAAACGGAAUUACAAGAAACGAAAAAUCAAAUUUAUUUACCAGAAUAUGUCUACAUAAAUUUCAUAAUCGCAGUUUGCACAUUGAAACAUCUACUUCAGUGUCCGUUUAAACAAAACUUGUACAUCAUGUUGGGCAAUUUGAUAAAAUAAAUAAUUUUAAAGAUUCUUCA